GGUCUGGAAUUGAACUGUGAUCAUGAUUCAGAGAUUCUAAUUAGCUCCAGUUUUAUCAGGAUGGUGGUUGAGGGAUACGACACCUCCCUAGGAAGGGAGGUUGUCGAAGAGGCUCUGAAAAAAAACUUGGCAUCACGUGGAAUAAAGUUUAUACAUGUCUCUGUUCCCACAGAGUACUGCAGAUGCGCCUUAAUCUAUGUUAAUGGAGAAUGUGAAGCAGAGGCGUUGAAGCUUGAUGGAAGUGACAUGGGAGGGCGUGUUUUGGAAAUUAAGGCUUACCCUUUUGACGACAAUAGCCUUGAUUAUGUCUUUUCUCCUACCGAUUCCUUUGAUAAAUACCGACCCCACGAGUUGAAAGUUACAGGAUUUGGUACUUCCCUCUCUCGGAAUGAUAUCAAGGAGAUGCUAUGUAGGGUUUUCCCCGGAUCCGGUUGUACCCCUCUCGGGAACGGCUCAGCUUUGCUUUAUCUCAAUGGACAAAAUGCUCUGGACGAGGCUCUGAAACUUAGCGGAAGUUCUAUGGAAGGCUUUAAAUUUGCAGUUACUGAGGUCUUCCCAGAAGUUGUGACGCAUGUUGGUAUCUCUCUCCAAACUGCAUUUGGCAAGUCCAGUUACAAGUAGGUUGGCUAUAGUUGAGUAUUCUAAAACCAAUCAGAAGAUCAAGGCUCUCUUUCUCUCAACUGCUGUCUCGUGUUAUUUACUUGUGUCAUGCAAUCCCCACCUUCUUUCUUUUCUCUUGUCUGGAUCUUGAAUGUUAUGUUUUUAUUCGUGUGUGUGGUUUUUUUAUGAUGAAACUCUGGAAAAAUACUGUGACAAACUUGGUUGUCCAAUCAAUAAUAUCA